CCUCGGUCAAUAACUACGCGCGCUCCGCCUGCUCUCAGACAACCGCAGCUGACGCGUAUCGUACCAAAUAUCUGAAUUAAGGUCUCGUGAACCCAUUCUUUUUCAUCAGUGUCUUCUCAACACAGUUCUUUACGUGAAAAAAAAAAUGAAAACCGUCAAAUCUUAGCUCGCGUAUUUAAAUUUCGUUUUUCGCAGAUAGUUACCAAGUUUCGUAUUUUUCCCAACUAUUCCAGCUAUGCGUACUAUCAACGGAGUAAUUAGAGAAUUGGUGGUCCAAGUUCGAGCAGAAACAGCCGUAGGUGAAUCAGUUUUCAUUUCUGGAAAUACACCUGAAUUAGGAGAAUGGAAAGUUUCUCAAGCAAUUCAGAUGUCGAAUGUUUCGGCGGAUGGGAAUUUAUGGCAAGCACUGAUAAGAAUACCAACCAAUCAGAAUGUACAAUAUAGAUAUUUGAUUUGCACUAUAGUUGAUAAUGAAGGAAAACCUGAAAAUAUUGUUCGUUAUUGGGAAAGUCACUUAAGACCACGUAUACUCCGUCCAAUGGAUUUCAUUGAUGGUAAAGGAGAAAUAGAUGUCUUUGGAUAUCAAGGUGAUUCAGAAAGCAUUUCUAAAGGAUGGUUAACAUCUGAAACUAUUGUACAGUUAAAAAUGUUCAAGAGUCCUGUUACAAUCUGGAAAAGACGUUACAGGGAGAAACCUAUUUCAAUUCAUGUUUCGACAAUAGAUAUUACCAGAAAAGACUCUGUUGCUGAAAUUAUGGGCAUGGAAGAAGAUAGUACUUUAAAUGAAGUUACUGUAAAUCGAGGUUGGCCUAUUGUGGAAGUUGCACAAAUGAAUGAUACCAAUUGCCAGUUUGCUCCCCAAAAUCAAUUCGGUAUCAUGUAUGAUCCCAAUGAAUAUGUGAUAUUUCAAGUGCAAGUGUUGCAUCCAAAUACCAUUGCAUAUAUGGUGGAUUUUUAUGCCCAUGAUACAGACAAUUCAGAUGAAUCAAACAUUCCAGAACACAUUGGCUUCUGUUACAUUUUGCCAAGCAAUAUGCGAGACACGUCUGGUACGUGUAACAUGCCCAUCUCUGGCAAAAGGCAACAGCCUAUAGGACAACUCUCAGUUGAUUAUCUGAUUGUCCGUCCUAUGAAAGACUUUGUGUGUGACUUAAGUGUUUCUUAUGCUAAACAUUGGAAAUCAUUGGAUAAAAAAGGAUUAGAUGUGGGUCAUAGGGGUGCUGGGAAUGCUCGAAGAAAUGACAAGGUAGAAAAUGUUUUAGAAAAUACAGUGGCAUCCUUCAACUAUGCUGCCAAACAUGGUGCAGAUAUGGUUGAACUGGAUGUACAGUUAUCAAAAGAUCUGGUUCCUGUUAUUUAUCAUGAUUAUUACAUUUGUAUUUCUAUGAAAAAGAAGCGAACUCAAAAUGAACAUGAACUGCUCCAGUUAGCUGUUAAAGAUCUUACUGCGCAGCAACUACGCAUGUUGAAGCUCAGCCCUGCAGAAUCCGAGAAAGAUAAAUAUCAAUUCCAUGAAGACGAUAGUGAAGACAACCAACCAUUUCCUACAUUGAAACAUGUUUUAGAAGCUGUGGAUCCCAGAGUUGGUUUUAACAUAGAAAUCAAAUGCCCCAUGCAGCAUCAUGAUGGAACAUGGGAAUUAGAUCUUAGAUUUGAAUUGAACCGAUAUAUAGAUGUUAUACUACGGGACAUUUUAGAAAAUGCUGGAAACCGUUAUAUUAUUCUCUCCUGUUUCCACCCAGAUAUCUGUACCAUGGUGAGGCUGAAACAGAACAAGUAUCCACUUUUGUUUUUAACACAAGGUGAAACGGAUAAAUAUCCACCUUACCUAGAUACAAGGACUUCUUCAAUACCCAUGGCUACAUACUUUGCUUUGAAUACUGGAAUUUUGGGUAUUGAUGUUCAUGCAGAAGACCUUAUGAGAGAUCCUUCACAUAUACCAUUUGUCAAAGACAGAAAUUUGGUGUUGUUUUGCUGGGGAGAUGAUAUUAAUCACAGUGAUGUUAUUAAGUCCCUGAAAGAGCAAGGAGUAGAUGGAGUGAUAUAUGAUAAGGUUGAUGAGUUCACUAGAGCUCAAGAAAACGUCUUCCUUGUAGAAGCCAAAGCACGACUGGGGCUUCUAGAGUUAGCUGGAUAUGCUGCUGAAAAUAUGAGCACUUGGUCCUCCACCUCAACUAACUAGAUUAUUUAUUUAUUGUUUGUUUUUGGUUUUUAAAUUCAGGUUUUGUCCUGUAUACCAAAAGAACUGUAAUUUGUUUCAAUUUUUUAGAUUAGUUCACUUUCCAUUUUUUUUGUUCAUAUUGUGAUUUGGUUUCAUUUUUCAUCCCUUUGUUUUUUAUUUUGUUCCCUAGCUCUUGUACAGAAUAUCACUUGAGUUGUGUAUUUUUGGAUGUUAAUACAUUUUAAAUAAAUAAAAAAAACUUUGAAUA